UGCUAAUGAGCGAGAGGCAGCGUUUUAGUUUCUAUAUUGUCAAGGUGCUGUUGUAAGGUCGCAGACAUAUGCGUUAGAAUUAGAAGGUUUGUUCCAAACUGAAAGAGGAAGAAAGAAGAAGAAACGAACAACUUGACAUAAUAUGUAACAGUAUGGAGGAGACAGAGAGGGAGACCACAGAAGAGACCAUCUAUGUGUACGAGUACCCGGCCAGCAAUCAGUCCGACCCGGGGGAGGACACAAAGGUCAUCACUAUAGAGAGUAAAGACUCCCCCGACGAGGACGUCACCACGGUAACACAGUAUGUGGAGGAGGUGGUGGAAAUAGACAAUGAGAAUGUGGUGGUGGCCAACGUGAUGGCAGCCAGCGAGAAAGGCUCCAUUAAACUGGUCCUAGCGGAGGAGGAGGAUAAUCCUGGAGAACAUGGGUAUACGAUGAAUUAUCGACCCAUUAGACCGGUGGAACGUCAGAAGAUGAGGCCCUGGCUCCUGGAGCACCUGGACAGUGGGAGUAUUCCCGGACUUUCCUGGCAAAACCGUACUCAGCGCAUCUUCCGCAUCUCCUGGAAACAUGCCGCACACAACUGCUUUAACAGAACCACAGACUCCGAUCUGUUUGAGAGAUGGGCUUAUCAUACAGGUCGCCACCAUGAUGGGAAUCAUAAGCGCUGGAAAGCCAAUUUUCGCUGUGCUUUGAACAGUUUACCAGAUGUUAUAGAACUGAGAGAUCUGGGUGUAAGGAAAGGAGAUAAUGCAUUUAAAGUCUAUAAAUUUAUUGACCUCAAUGAUGAAAAGGAGAGGGAGGAGAAGAAACGACUACAGAUGGUCACCAGGAGUAGCAAGAAAACCGACAACAAGAAAGGGAGCUCUACACCAAGCACACCUGCAGGGAGUAAACAGCUGAAGGAGUCCAGUAGUCCCCCUGCAGCCUUCAGUAUAACCACCACAGAAGGGGGGAUGUUACAGACACUGCUCCACGCCAUAGAACUCAAAAACCAGGAGGCAGCCACAGAUAAGGAUGACGACAAAAAGUCAAAGGAAAAGAUUCAACUGACAGUGAAGAGAAGCCUAGACCAAGAAAACCAGCCAAGAUCAAAACGGAGCCGCCGUGAAACGGGUAAAACCCCACAGAGUGAGGAGACAGAGAGCAGUGAGGAGGAGGGGGGCUACGAAUCUGAGUCCCAGGGCAGCAGCACCUCCCUUACCCCUGGGGCCACCCCCAGUACACCAACCUCUGGGCAAAGUGUGCUUAACAUGUUGAAACUGCCAUAUAUAUUAGACAUGAAGCAGCUUUUAGCAUUAGCUGGAAACAAACAGAAAGAUAUUGAGGGGAAGGGUCAAGGUCAGGACAAGUUGACCAUCACCAAUGUGACCUUGGACUCAGUCCUACAGGACCGACUGACUCGUAACACGGACAGCUCUAAUGUCAAGAUCACCAUUCCAUACACUGUUUUUGAAGCUCUCAAAGCCAAAAAUCUGGCCACUAAGAACCCAGGGACGCUCGAGGGUACCCCUAGUAGUGUUGUUCUUACGCAAGCCCUAGACAACAGCAAGGAUGCCACAGAGACCACAGCAAAACCACAGCCGACGGUGGUGUCCAGCAGCAAGGAGGCGACGGCCUACCCCAACAUCAGAAGCCGCCUGGUGUCACGACUUAACAUCAGUGGUGCCCAGGUGGUGGGUCAGGGUCAGAUACGCCCCACCCUGGUUACUGAAGGAGGCAGAAAAUCAUUUGAAAAAGUAACAGUGCAGGCUAUCCCACAGCUACAACCAGUGAAUGCAGGUUCCUCUGGUGAAGAGUCGGACCAAGGCAGUAAAAUUAACAUCAGUCCAGUUAAUAUUAAUGCUGAUGUAUCACAGUCUGAAACUCCAGGCAGUUCCCAAGCCAACAAAGAGUCAGCAGACAUGGAUCAUGUGACAGAACAAGUAACCGUGGAGCUGGGGGAACUCACCGAGGACCAGCUAUCUGCUGAGGUGAUGGGCGGGGAACCAGACAACCAGUACUGCUGUCUAUGGUGUAAUUUGAAUUUCAAAACCAAGAUGGAGCUCUUAGGUCACUUUAUUUCUCUUCAUGAGGACAUGCUGAUUCCAGAAUCUGACCAAUCGGUGACCUGCCAGGCCCUGGCCACAGAUACAGACGGAGCUCUGGACUUAUCCAAAAAAACCAAGGAUUCCGAAGGGAACAGUACGGAGACACCUUAUACCAAUGUGGUAGACCUCUCCUUCACUACACUAGGGGAGGGGGAGGGAGCGUUGGACUUAUCCAACUCCAAGAAAAACCUGGUGGUAAAUGAGAUCAAUGUUCCGCCAUCUGAGAACAGGCCCCAGUACAGUCUGAAUAGCCUGAUUGAUGCCCUGCGGAACACCAUAGAACAGGACAGGAAGGACAAGAGGGGCCCAGCCAGCAGCAGUUAUGUGAUGGAGGUGGAUCAGGAGAUAGACCAGGGCGAGCCUGUGAUGAAGUUUGUAGACCUGAGUUCUGACUCAGAGAGCGAGUCCGAGCCCCCCAAACAGGAAUUUACCUCCGACGUGAAAAUCUCCGUCAAGACUUUCCAGGUCAACGGGAAAACCAUGUAUAGGUGUACCAAGUGUAACCGAGUGUUCAGCAAAUCCUGCACCUUGUCAAGGCAUGCAUUGGUACACACUCAGCUCUUUCCCUAUCUUUGUGGAAUCUGUGAUUCAGAAUUCAGAGACAUGAGAGUACUUCUGAAACAUUUGGAUCUUCAUGGAGAAGAUGUGGAUUGUCCAUGCCAGAAAUGUGAGAAAAUCAACCAAGAAAAAACUGUUUCCAAUAAAGUGAAAGAGGAACCUGGGAAGUUUAAGUUUAAGUGUGAUAUUUGUGGUAAACAGUUUAGAAGUGUUGAGAGCUGUAAAGCCCAUGUGGACUCCCACACCUCAGACAGUGUGUCGGUCAGCUGCAGCAUCUGUAAGAUGAAGUUCUCGUGUCACCGCGCUCUGAACAGACACAGGAUGUCGUCGCAUUCUCUACAGAACUGCCCCGUGUGUCUGGAGUCGUCCUCAGACCUGGCAGCUCACAUGGUCAACCAUCCAGGGGUGUUCAUCUACAAGUGUGGCCUGUGUUCUGAUGGAUUCAAUCGACGUCCAGACCUCCAUGAUCACCUCAAAGUUCACACCUCACUGGGAAACACCGGACCUCAGAAUCAGAUGAGGCGACGUGUCAAACCUCUGUCAAAAAAGACUCUAGAUGCAAGACUCCAGAAGAAAACUAAAUCAGCUGAGAAAAGAGCAGCCAAAAAGAAAAUUGUUCCCAAGACAAACAGUAAGGAAAAAGCUGAAAAUAUUAAAGUGGAGACAUUUGACAAUACAGGCAUUGUGACUAAAGCUGUGAUUCUUCAAGGGAAGGAAGACAGUGAAGAAAUGGAGACACCGGAGAGUUGGCCAAAACCUAAAACUGCCACAGAGGGAACUACUGGGAAUAUCCCUCACUUCAUGAUGAUUGACUCCUCUGUGGACUUUGAAAAUAAUCCCAAACAAGUGAAAGAGAACCAGAAAAGUAAAAAACCUGUCAGUGACAAGAACUCUGCGGCCAAGGAAGAGAGUCUACCAGAAGAGGACACUCCAUCACAGGAAUCAGCCGCAGAUAAAAACGAGGGAAACCCUGUAGAAUCUCCAGCCAAGACUGAGCCGUCCUCACCCAAAGCAACCGGCUCCAUGAACCUGCGCCGGCGAUCUUCACGAAGAUGUCGCUGGCAUGACAACGAUUCCGUGUGUGAACGCUGUGAUGGAACCUUCAUUAAAACCAUCGCCUUCGAGAGGAAGCAGAAGAAGGCCUCACCCACACCCUCUGGUGACCUAAGCCAACUGAUCCCCCCUGCUGAGGAUGUGACCCCUAUGCCCAGCAGUACUGACAUCACCUCCUCAGUGGUCAGGGUAACCAAGACAACAAACUAACCACUAACCAGACUCUGUAUGUAAAAAGUCUCAUCUCUGGCAGCCAGGUCAUCACAGAGGUUUGUUAUAUGUUGUUUAUUAUGAAUUUAGUGAAAAUUGACUAUAACAAAAGACUGUUUAACCAACAAUGGUGAAGAACUAGAAUGAAUUUGUGACAAAUUUAUUUAUGGGUACUUUUGUGAAUUAUUAUACAGAUUAUUCAUGUUAGUGGUGGUGUUUUAUGUAGAAAUCCUCUUCUUGUCUUCAUAACAAUGUUAUGUCUAAAAAUCAUAAAUAGGUUCACUAAAAUAUGUUGCAUCCAUGGUCAUUUUUUCUAGCCACAUUAAAAAGACACCUUAUCCAAACAAAAAUAAAAUUGGAUGCAUGGGUUGUUAUAUACUUUAUAUUUUUGGAACAUAUGUAUUAUGUUAUGUAAAAUAUAUAUAUAUUGCUGGAUUUGAUUGGUUGUAAACAAUGCACAAAUCAAACCUCUAAAAUAUUAAGAACUUUCUAUGAUGUUAAAAUUUUGUCUUUCUUGCCAUCUCAUAAAUCCGGUGCAGCAUGUUUCCACAAAUUGAUACAGUAAAUCUUGUCUAAAUCUGGAUAAGACAACAUUUUAAAGAAUUAGAUUUAUCAAAAAUGAAUUGAAUUUUACAUUGUUUUAGGCAAGAUUUGAGAAUACACAGCAUUCAGAUAAGACAGGCUUAACUGUAUUACAGAUGGAUCUACUGUAAAAGUAACUUAUAGAAUUUAGUAAAUUCAACAUACUGGGUAAACUCUGUAUGAUUUAUGCUUUCAUAUUUUUGGGGAGGGAAAUUUUUUUUACUAAAUUAUGUAGCUAAUAGAUACUUUUAAAAUAAACUGCUUGUUUACUACUAAAUUAUACAUAUUGUAUGUACUUAAAUUUAU